CGGGUACCCUGUCAGUCCGGUCGGUGUCUUGCCCCGGGAUGGAGCCGCAGGCCGCAGCUAGCAGCCUGAUUCUGCUGGUGGUCCUGAUGCUGUCUGCGGAGGCCGGGAGCGGAGCCGUGCCUAGCAUGGAGGAUCCAGAGCCGCUCUCGGUGCCUGUGCCAACUAAUGUUCUAAUUAAGUCUUAUAAUUUGAACCCUGUCCUGUGCUGGGAAUACCAGGACAUGCCACAGACCCCCACUUUUACUGCACAGGUAAAGAACUAUGGGGAGGAUGGAUGGAUUGACUCCUGCACCAACAUUUCUAAUCAUUGUUGUAAUAUCUAUGAACAAAUUAAAUAUCCCGGCGUAUCUGUCUGGGCCAGAGUUAAAGCUAAUUUUAGACAGAAAGAAUCUGCCUAUGCAGUGUCAAGAGAGUUUAUUAUGUGCCGACAGGGAAAAGUUGGACCACCGAAACUGGACAUCAGAGGGAAGGGAGACCAGCUCACUGUCAAUGUCUUUCACCCUGAGGUUAUUAUAAAUGGAGAAAGGCAUGGGGUCAUGUUUGAGGACGAAAGCACCUGUCACACAUUCUUCUACACCAUAUAUGUGCAAAGCAAUAGAAGUGGGGAGAUCCUAUAUACAAAGCAUGAAAUCAAUAUGGAAGGUUGCAAUGAAACCCUGUGCCAGUUCAACAUCUCAGUGUCCACACUGGAUUCCAGAUACUGUGUCUCAGUAAAUGGAUUGUCAGAAUACUGGGAAAUUACAACAGAAAAAUCAAAAGAAACAUGUGUUUCUCCUGCCCAUAACAACAGAAAAGAUUCGAUUUGGAUUCUGAUUGUUGUUCCUUUUAUCCUCUUUCUAAUGAUUAUCCUGGUAUUUGCAUAUUGGCAUAUCAAGAAGAAUCCAUUUAAGAGAAAAAGCAUAACGCUACCUAAGUCUUUGCUCUCUGUGGUAAAAAAUGCCACUUCAGAGACAAAACCUGAAUCCAAGUAUGCAUCACUUGCCACAUCAGGCCAGCCAGCUGUUCUAGAGAAUGAGAAGGUGAUCUGUGAAGAUCAGCUGUCCACGGUGACACUUCCAGACAACCCAGGAGCAACAGAACAUGGGGAACUUUUAAGUGGAACUGAGACUGUGAUCCCUGAAGGAAGUACUUCCACUGUGGCCCCCGACAACCCUCCAACCCCAAGACAGAGAGGCAGUUCUUCCCUUUUAAGUAGCAACCAGUCAGAGCCCUGUAGCAUCACCACCUAUCACUCCAGAAAUGGCUCCGACAGCGGCCUCGUGGGAUCAGGCAGCUCCAUAGCUGACUCGGAAUUCCUCCCACAUAGUGACCCGGAAACAAAGACCACAGAGCAUGAGCCCACCCCGGUGAGGAAGGCCCCCACCUCCUUUGGUUAUGAUAAACCACACGUGUUGGUGGAUGUACUGGUGGAUGACGGCGGUGGGAAGGAGUCCUUGAUUGGGUAUAGACUCACAACAGAUGCCAGAGACACCUGAGACCACCUGAGUUCUGCCGAAGGCGAAGGAUCUGCUUUCCCGAGGUGUUUUUUCUGCUUUGAUUUUAUGAGAAGAAAUUGUACCUUUGCUGUUGUUAAUCACGUGGAAUGUCUUAAUUUAGAUCCAUGUGUGAGGAAACUGGGCACUGCAAGCUCCAAGACUUUUCAAAGGAACAUUUGUUGCUUAUGAGCUCCUUCCUGGGUCCCUGGGUGUGGUAGCAGCGGUGAAUUUCCCUCUAUUAACCUUGCUUCCAGCAGCUGUUGCUGCUCCGACCUUAUAUCACCUUAAGGGACAUGUUGGACAAUUUUUGUUUUCAUAUGUCUUCAUAAUUGUAAAUUCCUGUAUAUAGUAUGUUUACAAGUUUCACUUUGAAAGAAAAGCUGAAAGCUACUCAGAGUUGGGUGUAAAGUUUAAGCUGAUAAGAUUUGAUAGACCUUAUCAGUGGAAGUUUGUACAUUUUUUUUUAUGGAGCAUUACUUGUUAUUUUUAAGUAAAAUGUUUUGAAACAAAAA